GAGCCCGCCCUCCAGUCCCGAAGAGGCGUUGCCUUUGUCGCCGCUCCCGCUGCAGCCACCGCCACCGCCGCCGCCACCUCGGACGCAGUCGCUGCCGGUUCAGUCAUGCCGAAGCACGAGUUCUCUGUGGACAUGACCUGUGAAGGAUGCGCUGAAGCUGUCUCCCGAGUCCUCAACAAGCUGGGCGGGGUUGAUUUUAACAUUGAUCUGCCGAACAAGAAGGUUUGCAUUGAAUCUGAGCACAGCAUGGACACUCUGCUGGCGACGCUGAAUAAAACCGGAAAGGCUGUUUCCUACAUCGGCCCCAAGUAACACAGGCUGACAGUGUGGACUGAAGAGGGCAGGACGCUGAUGUGGCUUCUACAUGGACCUGGGAUUUGGCAGUCCUGCUCACUGAAGGAGUUCCUGCAGAGACCCUCACUUGCCCUGCUUCUUCCUGCCUUCCCUGCAAUAAAGUCAUGCUGCUUUUGUUGGAGAA